GUGGGCGCCGCUGCCGGCCUUGUAGCGGCGAUGUUCCGCAAGGCCCGGCGGGUGAACGUGCGCAAGCGGAACGACUCCGAGGAGGAGGAGCGGGAACGCGAUGAGGACCAGGAGGCGCCGCCGCUGCUGUCGCCGGGCGGGGGGGAGGAGUCGGGCGCCGGGGACAGGGCCCCCGGCGGCGAGCUCCAGGCGCCCCCCGUGGCCCCCGGCCCGCCGCUUCUCUCCUCUUCUUCCGCUUCGCUGUUACUGAGCCCCGGACCCGACGCCGGGCCCGGCUUCCCGGCCAGCUCCGAGCAGGGCAACGGCCUGAAACCUCGCAAGAGGCCGCGGGAGAACAAAGAGGCGCCCCGGGCCAGCCUGUUGAGCUUCCAGGACGAAGAAGAAGAAACUGAAGAAGUUUUCAAAGUGAAGAAAUCAAGUUAUAGCAAAAAAAUAGUAAAACUACUUAAGAAAGAAUAUAAAGAAGAUCUUGAAAAAUCAAAAGUUAAGACAGAACUCAAUUCAUCAGCUGACGCUGAACAGUCUUUGGACAAAGUAGGGCAGCCUAAGGAUCCAAGUCUAGAAGAUGGGGCUAUUAUCUGUGAACGUGGUGAAGAUGAAAUGGAAGUGGAGAGUGAGAAGGAAGAAGAGAAGCCAAAAGUUGGUGGGACUUUUUCAAAUGCUCUGUCGUCUUUGAACGUUCUGCGUCCAGGGGAAAUCCCAGAUGCUGCUUUUAUUCAUGCUGCUAGAAAAAAACGUCAGAUGGCCCGUGAACUUGGUGAUUUUGCACCUCAUGAUCAUGAACCUGGUAAAGGCCGCCUUGUUCGAGAAGAUGAGAAUGAUGCCAGUGAUGAUGAUGAUGAUGACGAGAAACGUCGAAUAGUUUUUUCUGUUAAAGAAAAGUCACAGAGGCAAAAAAUUGCAGAGGAAAUAGGUAUUGAGGGGAGUGACGAUGAAGCCUUAGUAACAGGGGAACAGGACGAAGAGCUCAGUCGAUGGGAACAGGAGCAGAUAAGAAAAGGAAUUAACAUACCUCAGGUUCAAGCGAGUCAGCCUGCUGAAGUGAAUAUGUACUACCAGAAUACUUACCAGACAAUGCCUUAUGGUUCAUCGUAUGGCAUUCCUUACAGUUAUACAGCCUAUGGAUCAUCAGAAGCCAAAUCACAAAAAACAGAUAAUACAGUCCCUUUCAAAACUCCCAGUAAUGAGAUGACUCCUGUUACUAUUGAUUUGGUAAAGAAACAGCUUAAAGACAGGUUAGACUCCUUGAAAGAAUUGCACAAAGCAAAUCGACAGCAACAUGAGAAACACCUGCAAAGCCGAGUGGACUCUACCAGGGCUAUUGAAAGAUUGGAAGGGUCUUCUGGGGGUAUUGGUGAACGGUAUAAAUUUUUGCAAGAAAUGCGAGGGUAUGUCCAAGACUUGCUUGAGUGUUUCAGUGAAAAGGUGCCACUGAUUAACGAACUUGAAUCAGCAAUGCAUCAGCUGUACAAACAGCGAGCUUCCCGCCUUGUCCAAAGACGACAAGAUGAUAUUAAAGAUGAAUCUUCGGAGUUUUCAAGCCAUUCAAAUAAAGCUCUGAUGGCACCAAAUCUUGAUUCUUUUGGACGAGACCGAGCCCUGUAUCAGGAGCAUGCAAAGCGUCGGAUUGCAGAACGAGAGGCCAGAAGGACCCGUCGCAGACAAGCCAGGGAGCAAACCGGCAAAAUGGCAGAUCACCUUGAAGGUCUUUCCAGUGAUGAUGAAGAAACAUCAACAGAUAUUACUAAUUUCAGUCUGGAAAGAGGUUAG